AUGACGGCCGAAUCAGAUAACAACAAGAUCGACUACUCCUCGACCUCUGCCCGGUGGCGCGCAAUCGUUAACAGAGACGCCGCAGCCACGGGUUUCGUAUACGGGGUGCGGACGACCAAGAUAUACUGCCGUCCCCGUUGUCCUGCCCGUCUCGCCCGCCGUGCCAACGUCGAGUUCUACGACACUCCCACCCUGGCUGAGAAGGCCGGAUACAGGCCCUGCAAGCGGUGUAAGCCAGAGGACGUGCGCGCGCCCACAGAUCCGCACAUCAGGCUUGCUCAGCGGGCGUGCGAGACCAUGACGCUGGCUGCCCUGGCUGGCGGAGACAAGCAGCGGCCGACCCUGUCAGAUCUCUCUGGAGAAGCCGGCCUGACGCCCAGCCACUUCCACCGCGUCUUCAAGAAGGUCGUUGGCGUCACACCGGGCAAGUUUGCGAGGGAGCUGAUGGAGCGGAAGUCGUUGGGUAAAGUCAUGGUCCCAAGUGGUAUCAAUGCGAGGGUAUGCUGGCCGCCACCACAUCUUGCCGCGCUUGUCGGCAUGAGCAGUCCCGUGCAGGACAGUAAUAAUGCCGUAUCAUCGUCAUCACCAUCAUCGUCUUCAAAGCCGCAGGUCCAGACUACUCUUGGCGAGUGUGACAUCGACCGAAACAACAACAACCACCACCACUUAGCCGCAGGUCCCGCUGCCUCGGAUCCAAGACAGCAACAACAGCAACACCAUCAUCAUCAUCAUCACCAGCAGCAGCAUAUAAAUUUCUCUCGUCCACCAACCACAACUCCUUCCUCCACUGCUGCUGUCACCUCAUCGUCCCCUGUCGGUGGUAUCUGCAUGCCGCAGACGACCGCAUCUCACUCCUUUGACCCCAGCGCCCUCAAUGGCGUCCACUCCAUGCUCACUCUCGACCCAAACUCCGCUUCGAACAUCAACUUCGCCCAGUACAUGGCCGAACCCAUCGACUUCUCUCCCAUGAACCCCCCCACCGUCACCACCACCACAAAUAGCAGCACCAACAACACUACCGGACACAGUCCCGCCGACACCUUCGCCCAUCCCACUCCAAGUCCGACUUCUGUUCCCUCCCUGUAUUCCCAGCAGUCCAUCUCGCCAACAGACUCACCGUUAAUGUUCGAUUCAUACACCGGCCUUGCUGGUUCCUGGCCACCCUUACUGCCAGACGACACCGACUGGCUGGAUAGUCAAGUCCUGCUCCCGCCAGACUACACCAGCCUCGACCACUGUGCCAGGUCGUAA